CCCGCUAACAAACAGAAAAGAAUGCACUCAUCCGAAUAUACGGUCGAUCAACGUCGAGACCCGUGACUCACGGGUUGACACAGUGAUAAUAGUCGUCAUAACCGAUAAGCACCGUUGAACCAAAAGGAUAUACAUAUAACAUAUAUAGCUCACCUACACAACCAGAAGGAACCUUCCCCAAAUUAACUACCAGUUAGCUGAUUCCCAUUCAAUCCAUUCGUAUUUUGUUUAUUUUAUCAAUCCUUUUCCACCUACAAACAAACCCUUGUUAUAUCCCUUUCACUUUCACUUUCACUUUCACUUUCGCUCGAAUCUUUUCUUCAUUCAGUCCCUCACCGAUUCUUGAAGAGGCUAUCCACAAUUCUCUUAGAAAUCAAAACCCGUGAAGACUGAAUUGAGUUCAUGGGUGGCAAAAGUUCAAAGAGAUCUGUUUCAGGUCGUUAUGCAUCAUACGGCUCGACCUCAAAUUCAUGGGCCUAUCCGCAACCAUCGUAUCCUCAACCUCCAGUGAGCCAACCGUAUGCUUCACCUUCUCCAUAUCAAAGCUAUCCAAAUCAACCUCCCGCAGUUAAGAAGAGACUCGAGAGAAAAUAUUCAAGAAUCGAUGAUAACUACAACAACUUAGAACAGGUUACAGAUGCCCUGGCGCGUGCGGGUUUGGAAUCAUCAAAUUUGAUUGUCGGUGUAGAUUUCACCAAAAGCAACGAAUGGACAGGUGCAAGAUCGUUUCAUAGAAGAUGCUUGCAUCACAUUGGAAACGAAAUGAACCCUUAUGAAGAAGCGAUUUCGAUAAUUGGAAGGACAUUAGCUUCCUUCGAUGAGGAUAAUUUAAUUCCUUGUUUUGGAUUUGGAGAUGCUUCAACGCAUGAUCAAGAAGUCUUUAGUUUCCUUCCGGAUGACAAAUUUUGUGAUGGAUUUGAAGAGGUUUUAAGAAGAUACAGAGAAUUAGUACCUCAACUUCGACUUGCAGGACCUACCUCAUUUGCACCUAUUAUUGAAAUGGCUAUUACUAUUGUUGAGCAAAGUGGUGGUCAAUAUCAUGUCUUAUUAAUAAUAGCCGAUGGGCAGGUCACGAGAAGCGUUGACACGGAACGCGGUCAACUAAGUCAACAGGAGAGGAAAACCGUGGAAGCAAUUGUGAAAGCUAGUGAGUACCCGUUGUCGAUAAUUCUAGUUGGAGUUGGAGAUGGACCCUGGGACAUGAUGAGGGAAUUUGACGAUAAUAUCCCUGCCCGAUCGUUUGACAAUUUUCAGUUUGUGAAUUUUACAGAAAUAAUGUCGAAGAAUAUCGAUCGGUCUAGGAAGGAAGCAGAGUUUGCUCUUGCAGCCUUGAUGGAAAUACCCGCACAGUACAAGGCGACAUUAGAGCUCAACAUUUUAGGUGGUCGUAGAGGAAAAGCCAUAGAUCGGAUAGCUCUUCCUCCACCUUGUUAUGGUUCGGUGUCUUCACGUGCAUCAUCAAAGCCAUCGGGACCCACUACCUUCCAACCCUCUUCACACUCGUUUCAAGCAAAGUCAACACCGGUCAACAAAAGUUAUGCUGGAGGUUCCUCUUCUGAUAACCAACUUUGCCCGAUUUGCAUAAGCAACCCGAAAGAUAUGGCUUUCGGCUGUGGACACCAGACGUGUUGUGAAUGUGGGAAAGAUCUUCUGUUGUGCCCUAUAUGUCGGGAUCAAAUAGACACAAGGAUUAAGCUUUACUAAGUGGAAUAUGAGCUUGUUUUGAGUGCUAUAUGUUAUUUAGUUUGUACAUAAUCUUAUUCUUUGUAACUGGUUUUGGGAUAAAGUUGUGUGAACCGGAAUAACCCAUUUUGUAACCGGUCUAAUUGGAUUUUUCCUAGUUCAGUUUGUAACCGGUUUCAAUUGUGGAUCGGAUCUGGAUACAAAUCGGGUGAAUGGUUUUGUUGUGCAUCUCUAAUUGGAAGAAAAAUACAUUUGAUAAUAGUUGAUAAUUUCUAUUAUCACGAAAAUAGAAAUUGGUUUUAAUAACUAGAAUAAAAGAAUUCACGAAAUUUGAUUGAAAAGAAUUUCAUGGAUUUAUGACAGGCAUGAAUAGAUAAUUACCACCAAAUAAAUGAUUCAAGUAAACCUGAUGAUUACUCUUCAACUUCUUCAAAGCUUUCUCCCAUGAAACUUUAAGAGUACUGAAACCCCUAGCUUUCAUCCCCAUCUUCCUCCUCCUAAACACUUUUCUUAAACCUGAAACCUGAACCCCAACCCGCUUCUUGACCAUCAAUCUCCGCCACAGCCGCCACCUGCUCCACCGCCGGUGUUGGUUAUGGUGGCCUUCUGCAUUUUUCAGUCUCAGGUAAUGAAACCUCCAUAGAGAAACCAACUCAUGGUCAUCCAUGAUUGAAUUGCAAGCAAAUAAACGUAUAUAUAGAGAGAGAUUCAUGAAGUUAGUUUUAUUAGGGUUUUAUGAUGAACCGAUAACGUUAAUUAGUAG